AUGGUGCGCGUCCCGGGAUAUGCCAAACUGAUCGCUCCAAAAUCACACCGGGGUCACGCUAUCUUCUCUGUCCACGGCAACGAGAGAAGUCACAAGUAUGGACUUGUUGAUGUCGUACAUAAAACCUUUCAUGGUCUUCGACGCGGCCCCCUUGAACUUCAGGAUGCACUGGUCGUGCUUGCUUCCCGGCAAUACGCUUCCUGGUUGCAGGACAAUGAAUUUAUGGCGACAUUGGUAAACCUUUUCCAUGGGCGCCCCUCAAACAAGAAAAAGGAUAGCCAUCACCCAGAAUUCAACGUCCUCGCCGCAGCCGUCGACGGUCUGCAUCCUCUUCACGCAAUGGGCGAUACGCCCCAUGGAUUCUCCUUUUUUUACGGUCCCAUGAAGCGUAUGAUGCCGAACUUGUGGCAGGACGACGGCCAACCAAAACCUUUGCGCGAAUCAAAGCUGCAGGCGGCCAUCACAUUCCAGUUCGAGCACCGGCGCACUCUGGACAAGCUCGACUGUACGCUGCCUCUUGCCAACACCAUUUUCCAAAAUGGACUUCAUUCCACCUUGUUGGCGAGCCGCUGGCGUCGACCAUCAAACAGGGCCAUGCCGGAGUUGCUUCAGAUCAAAGAAAAGCAGUCCCAGGAGGUCGCCUAUUGGCCUCCGAAAAGCGCUUUAGAUGUCUAUGUUGAUUCUCCAAUCGUCCCGAUCACUGUCCCUCGCGAGAUUGUCGCAGGCCUGGGCAACAUUGUUAGUCAGAUCAGUGUACAAGGCCAGACAAUGCCGGCUUCGGCAGAGCUCGAGACAGCCGUGAACGAGCUCUACGCCAGACGUACGAAAGAAGGGCACGAGUUCCCACCGGGCCCCGUAGGAGUCUGGGCUAUCGUUGUGCCAGAUGGCCGUUUUCAAAAAUCAAACUUGAAGCUUUUGCGGGAGUGGACGGGGGACUUGAAUCGAAUUCAAACCGCGUAUGAUGAAUGGAUCGAGGCUCUGGCCUUCAAGGAUUUGGUCCAGCAGCUCUUGCGAAAUGGCAGUAGGGUCUACAGGAUCCUGAGCGGCGGAGGGGGGUGGGGAAAGAAGCAAGGCCUCCUUUCGCUGGACCCCGAGACCACCUACUCUUCAUCGUCUGAGGAAAAAGACUUGGAGAGCUUCAUUCGCUCCUUUGAAAGCCAGCACGACGGGGGUGGUCAGCAAGGCGUGGUUUCCCCGGGAUCUUGGAUUCAAUACUUUGUUUCACCCCCAAUGAGCGCCCGACCGAAUCCUCCGAGACCGCACGGCGCGACUAUGGAAAUUGCUCUGGGAGCAUCAGAAAGCGCAACGUCGGAGGAACCACCGUCGACCGACGGCCCUUCGGAGUGGAAGGUCAUCCCCGAACACUUCGGCGCGGUUUCGAACCAUGGGCUCUUCCUCAAACGUGAAGCAUCAGGGUUCGUCAAUGAGUCGAAACUUGACGUGCCGGGGUCGUGGGUGGGAUGCUUAAAGCUGGAAAACCCUUGA